CUGGUGUUAAUCGAAAUUGAGUGUUAAAUCCAGUAAAGAUGUUGACAAUGUUGAUGUAUGUGAUACCAGUAAUUACAAUUCUGCCCUUGAUAGUCAUGUUCUAUUUGUGGGAGCACAAAUAUGUUUCAACCUUCAAGAUCCUCUCUUCUCUCUGGGAAAAGAGGAAGAGGGUGAUGAUGAAGUCAGAAAACCAGUUUGAUCGUCUACCGAUUCCUCUGUUCCAUCUGAUAUUGGAGAAGAUGAACGACAUCGAAUCUCUCUCCCGUUGCAUUUGCGUCUCCAAGCUAUUCGCUGCCGUCGUCCCCAAAAUCAAUACAAUCUCUCUCACUGUACUCUUCAAGAUCAAUUCCGACAGACAAUUGGAUUUUCAGCUCGAGAAACCACCUCCCGUUGAUCGAUUCCAUGCCACAAGGUACUUCUUCAACACUCUCAUUUACAGUGUUCAUGAAAACCCACCUCCGUUUCAUGCCCACUCAAGUCCUAGUUUUACUCAAGAACAAGUGGAAGAGUACGAGUUUAAAUACUACUCGAUGAAUAAAGUCUUAAAACCCUUCACUGAAAUCCAAACCCUGAAUAUCAAAAUCAACGACAAUGAAGGCGGGGGAAUCGAAAACUUCGAUUCCCCGCUAAAAUGGAGGGCUGCAUUCGGUAGCGAUCUGGAAGGUUGUAUCAUUCUAGGAAACAAAACGACCAUAAGAACUGGUUCUGUCGAGGAAGAGGAAAUCAGGGCGCCUCUGACUGAUAAGGACAUGACAAUGCGAGUAGUUUGGGCAAUGUCAUGUCUGACGGCGGCGUCGGUGAGGUAUAAACUAGUGAAGCAGGUGAUUUUGGACCAUUCGAAGCUCGAGCGAGUGGUGAUUAGAGACAGGAGUGGGAAAGGGAGACUUUUAAUGAGAAAGGGACAGAUAGAGAGGUUGAGAAUAAUUGGAAAUGGGUAUGAAAGUAAUAUGUUGGAGUCUCGUGUGGUGACGAUGAAGAUGUGGAAUGUACCAAAGCUGUGUCUGCCAUUGCAAGGGAAGAAGAUGAUAAAUGGGGUGACGUUAAUGGUGAUUCGGCCGGUGGAUGAUAACCCGGUGGAGGAGGAGGAGAAAGAUGAGGAUUUGGUGGAGAGGAUUUGGAGUGAAGGAGAGGAAGAGAGAGAGUUGAAAGAAGCUUUGAAGGAGAUGAUGAACAAGGUCAAGCCCAGGGAGAUUUGUAAUAUGAAAGUUUGA